AUGGUUCGCAAGAUCGGCCGACGAGCGCGCGAGUCGUCGCCUUCUUCCACCUCCUCGACCCUCCCUGCGGACUUCUCACACAGCGAAAUGCACCGGCACAUCGCGACUUCGCUCGCCGCGCUUACCUCCUCUGGGCCGUUACCCGGUCUCGUCGUCUUCGACCUGGAUUACACGCUCUGGCCGUUAUGGGUCGACACACACGUGGACUCGCCGCUACGCCGGCGCGGCUCGGACAUCAACAAGGUGUACGACCGCAACGGGCAGCCGCUGAGCUUUUUCCCACACGUCCCCGCCAUCAUGCUCUGGCUCAAGCGCAGCGGGAUCCCCAUUGCCGCAGCCAGCCGUACCAGCGCCCCCACCGUCGCCCGCCAGGCCCUCAACGGGCUCUUCCUCGUCGACGAUGCCCACCUCCUCACCUCCGCCACCGACGACGAUAGCCCAGAAAAGCCCAGCCCCGCACAGUCGCAGCCCAAAGUCGUCAAAGCAAUAGACCUGUUCGACUACCAGGAAAUCUACCCAGGCAGCAAGAUCACCCACUUCCGCAAGCUCCACGCCGACUCCGGCAUCCCCUACGAAGACAUGAUCUUCUUCGACGACGAGUACCGCAACGCGGAAGUCGGCUCCAAGCUUGGCGUGCACUUCGUAGAGGUCGGACACCAGGGCACCGACCUCGGUCUCGUCGAAAAGGCUAUCCGCGAAUGGAGGGCAAAGAAGGCCGCCAGAGCCAAGGCUGAGCUGUAA